AUGUAUUUAAAUAAAAAUGCAACCAGUGCAAAAUCUGAAUAUUCACGCCAUUCUAUAGAAAUAGUAAAUAGUAAAAGUAGGACGGAUAUCUGUCGAUGGUUGAUUUUGCUGAUAUCGUUAUCGACAUGGACGAAACUCACAGAUUCAAAAGAAAUGCGUGUGGUUUGUUAUUACACGAAUUGGUCGGUGUACAGGCCCGGACAGGCCAAAUUCAGCCCACAGAACAUCAAUCCGUACCUAUGCACGCAUUUGGUGUAUGCCUUCGGAGGAUUUACCAAAGAAAAUACCCUCAAACCAUUCGAUAAAUACCAAGACAUAGAAAAAGGUGGAUAUGCGAAAUUCACUGGCCUCAAGACCUACAACAAGAACCUCAAGACCUUGAUAGCUAUCGGAGGUUGGAACGAAGGGUCUUCCAGGUUCUCGCCAAUGGUGGCUAACGCAGAACGACGAAAAGAGCUGGUAAAAAAUGCUGUCAAGUUCCUCAGGCAGAACCAUUUUGAUGGAUUGGACUUGGAUUGGGAGUACCCCACGUUUAGGGAUGGUGGUAAAUCUAGGGAUAGGGAUAACUAUGCUCAAUUAGUGAAGGAACUAAGGGAAGAAUUUGAACGAGAAUCGGAGAAAACAGGAAGGCAAAGAUUAUUGCUCACCAUGGCUGUACCGGCUGGUAUAGAAUACAUUAACAAAGGCUAUGAUGUACCUAAACUCACCAAGUACUUGGAUUGGAUGAAUAUAUUGUCCUACGAUUACCAUUCGGCUUUUGAACCUGCCGUAAAUCACCAUGCCCCCCUUUUUGCUUUGGAGGAAGACAAUGAAUACAACUAUGAUACGGAACUGAACAUCGUGAGUACCUACUAUUAAAAAAUUAUAAGUUCC